UGGUUCGCGCGUCGGGACGCGUCGCGACGCUCUGGCCAACCGGCCGGUUGAUCGAUACGCGGACGCCGACGUCGCCGGUCUCAGUUGGCUUUGGCGGCCACCGGCAUGCACCGUCACUUGUUCCGCGAUCACGGCCGACUGCGAAUCGCCACUGCAUCGUCGCUGCCGGAAUUUUGGCGCGAAAAUCGGGAUCUCGCGGAAAUGCAGUCAACAGUGCAUUAUAUAGAUUGCUGCCGGUUGUAGAUCUGGUUGAGGGAUAAAAAUGGACUGUUGUAACUGUCUACCCUACAGGGCUCAGUACUUCCAUCACUCGCCACAUCAGCAGUACUACCACCAUCAACAUGACCCGCUGCCUCCGUACCCUCAGCAACCGGAUUAUAGCUUCCAUCACCCGCAGAUGUAUCGACACGACUACUACGGAGGUCCUACGGGGCCUUACUAUGACCCACAGCACUGGGCUCAGCCCUCUGGGUUUGGUCUUCCACAAGGUAUAUACAAAUGCAUGGUUUGUCAUAAAAUCAGUCAAAGUAAUUCUAUCAAAAUCAAUUUACAAAAAUUCAUUUUGGUACACCUAAGAGGAUGCACAGUACAGAGCUCAGUCCUCUGGGCUCGGGCUUCCACGGGGUACAAGUAUUGCAUGAUAAAAUAG